AUGCAAGCGAAGAACCACCUCAAAAAUCAUCGGUCUUCUCUCUCCCUCACUCCCUCUGUGCAUGAGGGAUUUCUUGUGCAAGGCUGCGGCGAGCACGCCGAGAUCGCGGCCUGUGGUGCUUUCAUGGCAAAAGAAGGUGUCUUCGGUGUCGAAUUCAAGACCCCUUUCAGUCUGGAUUUUGGAUUGGCACCUGGGUUUCGGUUUGGAAGUGAUGUGUGA